UCCGGGUCACGGUGACCUUUCUACAAAUCGGCUUCCGCGUCCGCCAUCCUUCUCUCUCCGCUCCGGGAGUAGGACAGACCCACCAGAACACCAACAUGCUGUCAGUUCGCGUCGCAGCGGCUCUUGCCCGCACCCUACCUCGACGGGCUGGAUUUGUAUCCAAGAACGUUGCUGCUGCAUGUGUAGGAGCCAAGAAUCUACACACCACCCGACCAUGGCUGCAGAAAACAGGCACAGCCGAGGUCUCAUCCAUCCUGGAGGAGAAGAUCAUGGGAGCUGACACCAGUGCUGAUUUGGAAGAGACUGGUCGCGUGCUGUCCAUCGGUGAUGGUAUUGCCAGAGUGUACGGUCUUAGGAAUGUACAGGCUGAGGAGAUGGUGGAGUUCUCCUCUGGUCUGAAGGGCAUGUCUCUGAACUUGGAGCCUGACAACGUUGGUGUUGUGGUGUUUGGUAACGACAAGUUGAUCAAGGAGGGCGACAUUGUCAAGAGAACAGGUGCUAUUGUAGAUGUUCCUGUUGGUGAAGAGCUCCUGGGCCGUGUUGUCGAUGCUCUGGGAAAUGCCAUCGAUGGAAAGGGCCCCCUUGGCUCCUCGAUCCGCAGGCGUGUGGGUCUGAAGGCCCCUGGUAUCAUCCCCCGUAUCUCUGUGAGGGAGCCCAUGCAGACCGGCAUCAAAGCCGUGGACAGUCUGGUCCCCAUCGGUCGUGGACAGCGUGAGCUCAUCAUCGGGGACAGGCAGACUGGCAAAACCGCAAUUGCCAUCGACACUAUCAUCAACCAGAAGCGCUUCAACGAAGGAACUGAUGAGAAGAAGAAGCUGUAUUGCAUCUACGUCGCUAUCGGCCAGAAGAGAUCCACUGUGGCUCAGCUGGUGAAGAGGCUCACUGAUGCUGACGCCAUGAAGUAUACCAUCGUGGUGUCUGCUACUGCCUCUGACGCCGCUCCGCUGCAGUACCUGGCUCCCUACUCCGGCUGCUCCAUGGGAGAGUACUUCAGAGACAACGGCAAGCACGCCCUGAUCAUCUACGACGAUCUGUCCAAGCAGGCUGUUGCCUACCGUCAGAUGUCCCUGCUGCUCCGUCGUCCUCCCGGUCGUGAGGCUUACCCAGGAGACGUCUUCUACUUGCAUUCCCGUCUGCUGGAGAGAGCCGCUAAGAUGAACGAUAACUUCGGUGGCGGCUCCCUCACAGCCCUUCCCGUUAUUGAGACACAGGCUGGCGACGUCUCAGCCUACAUUCCAACUAAUGUCAUCUCCAUCACAGACGGACAGAUCUUCUUGGAGACUGAGCUGUUCUACAAGGGCAUUCGUCCAGCCAUCAACGUGGGUCUGUCUGUGUCACGUGUCGGCUCUGCUGCCCAGACCCGGGCCAUGAAGCAGGUGGCCGGUACCAUGAAGCUCGAGCUGGCCCAGUACCGUGAGGUGGCUGCCUUCGCCCAGUUUGGUUCUGACUUGGACGCUGCCACUCAGCAGCUGCUGAACCGUGGUGUUCGUCUGACUGAGCUCCUCAAACAGGGGCAGUACUCUCCCAUGGCUAUUGAAGAGCAGGUAACAGUCAUUUAUGCUGGUGUGAGGGGACACCUGGACAAAAUGGAGCCUAGCAAGAUCACCAAGUUUGAGAAGGCGUUCCUGCAGCACAUACUGAGCCAGCACCAAGACCUGCUGGCAGCUAUUAGAGCUGAUGGCAAAAUCUCUGAGGCAUCUGAUGCCAAACUCAAGCAGAUUGUGUUGACUUUCCUCUCCAGCUUUGAGUAAAGUGAUGCAUUUUGGUCUAGUUGUUUUCAUGUUUGCAUAGUGCAGCGUCAGUUAUACUUUCUAUGAACUUGAACCAAGAAAACAUUCAAGUGGCACUUGAUCUUUAAUGUACAGACAUCUCUUAACGGAGAAUAAAGUAUUCCAACUAACUGA